CUUCGAGCAGUCACUUUGUACACUUUGAAUCAGAUUAACCCAUCAUAUCAUCAUCAGCAUCAUUAUUAUUAUCAUCAUCAGGAGGUUGGUCUCCAAGCUUCACUACAGCGUUGUAAACGUUGCUAUAUACUUUUCACAUUUUGAAUCACACGCUCCAGUUAAAGUGGAUGCAUGCCUUCCCGUCUUGCCAGUCUCUCCAGUCGCCCCACCCAUCUGAAGGCGCUCCCUGGUGGUCUUGUCUGUGACUCCUGCAAAACACCUCCUCCCAGACGGAAGAUCAUAAAGAGGGGAUUAUAUUUAGGGCAGGAGGGAUGUGAGGAUGAUCUGGAUCGAGGGGUGUUUUUUAUAAAGCUGCUGGCUGAUGAUUCAUUGUCUUGUGCGUCUCUGCUGGGCUCUGACCGUGUGGAUGUGGAUGUGGAUGCUGCGUUGGUGCUGACUGACCGGUGCUGGAUGCUGAUGUCAGGCCGAACCUAUCCAACAUCCUCCUGUAUCGUGGAUGGAGCCCAAAACUAAAAUAGCUGAAAGACGAUAAAUCGGAGGUUAAAAAGAGAUACAGAGAGAGCAACAGGACAGUUUGAUCCAGUCUGAAAGCGACGGGCUGGUGUGCGGAGGACCCACAGCGGCGGCGACAUGUUCUGAGCGGAGAUCCGGCCGCGGCUGGCGGGAUGAAGGCGCCGAGGAGACCGAGGCAGACGCGGCUCCUCCCGCGGUUUUGCGUCUCUGGAGUCGGUCUGCUCGCAGCCGCCUGGAUCUUUUCCUUCAGUGAUGUUACAGGCUCCCAUGGACCAACUGUGGAUCAUAACAUCUUAUCCAAGAGAGAGAUCAUCCAGCUAAAGGACAACCAGAAUGAGACUAUUUCUAAAUCUGCCGUCAGUGAUUUUCCCGAAGACAUCUUCACUCUGGAGCAGAGGAGACACGGAGCGGUACUCCUUCACGUUCUCUGUGCAAUCUACAUGUUUCAUGCGCUGGCCAUUGUGUGUGAUGUUUACUUUGUGCCAUCACUGGAAAAAGUAUCAGAGAACCUCGAGCUCAGUCAGGAUGUUGCUGGGGCAACCUUCAUGGCAGCUGGGAGCUCCGCCCCCGAGCUUUUCACCUCUUUGAUUGGGGUGUUUAUCACAAAGGGAGACGUCGGUGUUGGAACUAUCGUGGGAUCAGCUGUCUUUAACGUGCUGGUCAUCAUCGGCAUCUGUGGCAUUUUUGCUGGACAGCCCAUCUCUCUGAGCUGGUGGCCUCUGUUUCGUGAUGCUGUCUUCUACAUCCUGUCCAUUGUGGUGCUUAUCCUGGUGAUCUAUGAUGAAAAAGUCAUGUGGUGGGAGACAAUCAUCCUGAUCUCUAUGUAUGGAAUCUACAUAAUCAUCAUGAAGUUCAACAGAUCUCUGUACAGCCUGGUAGAGAGACACUGCAGCAGGGCAGGUCAGCCGUGUCUGAGCAGCCUGCGACGGACGACUGCGGUCGGAAGCAUUGGAGACUGUGAUAACGACAUGGUGCCGCUGAAGCCAGAUUCAUGUGUGGUGGCCGGCCAGGAUUCAGGGGUGGUGAUGGUGGAUGAGAUGAUGAACCUGCACCCCCACCAACUCUCCUUCUCAGAGGCAAGCCUUCGUCUUCUCAUCACCCCGCAUUUCCCCCCCUUCACCCGCCUGCGCAUGGCAGGACGCAUGGUCAUCAGCGAGAGGCAGAGGCUGAUUCGGGCUCGAGUUGGCCCAGAGGAGGCUGGAGCUUCAGGGGAGGAAGGUUUAGGUGCUAACGGGGCGUGGGGGAGGGAGAACGGGACGGUGGCCGAGGGAGACACGCAGCCGCUGGAUGGAGAGAGGGAGAGUGGUAAAGAGAUGGGGGUGGAUACAGGUGGAGGGGCACAGCCUAAAGAGGAAGAGGAAGAAGAGGAAGAGCAGGAGGAAGGAGAGGAGGAGGACGCUCCUUUCAAGCCUUUUGUCUUACCAGAUCGUUGGUGCGUGUGUCUAAAGUGGCUGUUCUCUUGGCCCGUGAGCGUCGUGCUUUACUGCACCAUCCCAGACUGUAGCCAGCCACGGUGGGAGCGCUGGUACCUGCUCACCUUCCUGUCCUCCACUCUCUGGAUAGCCCUCUUCUCCUACCUCAUGGUCUGGAUGGUGACCAUAAUCAGCUACACACUUGGAAUCCCAGAAGUCAUCAUGGGCAUCACUUUUCUAGCAGCCGGCACCAGUGUCCCUGACUGUAUGGCCAGCCUCAUCGUCGCCCGACAAGGGAUGGGUGACAUGGCCGUGUCUAACUCCAUUGGCAGUAAUAUCUUUGAUGUGCUGCUGGGCCUGGGCUUCCCCUGGGCGCUGAGGACUCUCAUAGUCAGCUAUGGAUCAGUGGUGACCAUCAACAGCAAAGGCUUGGUGUACUCAGUGAUUCUCCUUUUGGCCUCAGUCACACUUACCGUCCUGUGUGUCCAUCUGAACUGCUGGCGAUUGGACCGCAGGCUGGGACUCUGUCUCAUUCUGCUUUACGCCAUCUUCCUCCUCUGCUCCAUCGGAUUCGAGAGGCUGUAGAGGACACACAUUUCCCACAUACACACAGUCGUACAAAAGGAGGCACAAACAAGUGUUUUCCACCUUCACUGCUGCCAUUAUUAAUCAAAUGUACGGACAGAUGAAUUUCCAUUUCAUUUCAACAACAGCUGCCUGGAAGCUGCAUUGAUUACCUUUGAUAAACAAGUAUUUUACAUAGUUUUGUACCGAGCACCUCCAGCCCAGACUUUGUGAAAUCAAAGCCAACUGAUAAUGCACUAUGUCUCACAAAACAUUUAUAAAGUAUUGAAUUUGUAUCCUGAAACCAAGAAUAUUGUCUAAGGAACCCCAAAGUGUGUUAGUUUACUUAUUAAUACUGCCACAAGUAACCUCAAUGACCAGAUGAUAAUACAUGUAAGUUUAUAUAGUUGCUUCUCGUUGUGUGCAGUUAUGUUACGUCAAGUUUUUGUCGAGUUUUCAUCACGCCUUUGUGUCUAUAGUUGUAAACAGCAUAGCAUGGCUGAUCAUCACGCUGCAGAUAAUUGCACUAAGCCACUGUUGUCUUGGCCUUGUACAGAACGUAGCCCUCCUUCCUUUCCAACAAGCUUCCCAGCACAGAGGUGGUGUUUAUGUGCUGGAACAAAGGCGACUGUAUGUCACAAGGUGUUUUUGAGUGUCUGUGUUUGGAGAGAGCUCUUGGGUGUAUGUUGUUGAGUGCAAUUAAAAAUGUUUUGU